AAAUAAAUUUGUUUGUAAAGUAAACAGUUCUAAAAUAUUGUUCAAAAUGAAAUUUACAAUUGCAAUAAUAGUUUUAUUCAGCUUAUUGUUAGAUUUAAUUUUGGCAAAAACGUUUACCCAAUGUGAAUUAGCGAGAGAGAUAUCAAAUUUAUUUGAUAUGAGAUACGAAGAAAUCCAAAUUUGGGUUUGUAUUGCACGGCGAAGUGAUUACGAUACAUCCAACAAACAAACCGCUCUUGGAAGUUAUGAUCGUGGGAUAUUCUCGAUAAACGAUCGUUAUUGGUGUAGUCAUGGUGAAGAUCGAGAAGAACAUAAUAUUUGUGAAGUUCCAUGUUCAGAACUUAAUUCAGAUGAUAUAACAGCUUCUGUGAAUUGUGCAAGAAGGAUCUACAAAGGCGGUGAUAAUACUUACGUAAUGUGGGGUAAUCUGGGCGAAAAAUGUGAAACUAGGAAACCAGAUUUAUCAAAUUGUUUUGAAUCUGAAAAUAAAUCUGGAAAUAAAUCUGAAAUUAAUUCUGAAAAUAAUAAUAAUAAAUUCCUAUAAAUCUGAAAAUUGUUA